AUGAGGCUAAUCCGACUCCUUGACAGUGUUGCUUGUGCCAAAUCGGUUGCCACCCUUGACAAGCUGAUUGGUACCGUUAAGCUCAUCGUCAGCCAAUCGACAGCUGGUCAAGAGGAAUUCGUCGUCGUCUUCUGGUGGAAGCGACCUUCGAAACUCUUCACCAAACACUUCUACUCGAAAUGGAAUAACGCUAAUGAUAAUGUUGAUGAUGAUAGGGAUGUUUGUGAUGAUAACGAAAACGAUGGCGAAAAUGAAAUUGAAGACUGCAACUACAAUCACAAUUAUAUUGACAAUUAUAAUGCCAAUGUUGAUUAUAAAGCCAUUGCCAAUACCAAUGCUGCUACUACUACUAAUAUCAUAACUGCUAAGAUUGUUGCUGAUGCCAACGAGAAUCAGGAUAUUGAUAAUAAAGAAAACAAUGAACUAAAAGGUAAAUUAGAAUGA